GUCACUCGAUGUGCUGCAGAGUGCAGACUGCAUACUGCUGUGCGUGUAGUACUAGUACCUACAAUUAGCGUUCACGCGUUUUUUCCUACUUCGUGUAGCAGUGUAGCUGAUCUGAUAGAAUUCCUGAAUAAUGGCUCCUAAUUUUCCCCCAUGGAGAAGGCGUGCACCUAAACCGAAGUUAGGUGUUGAAGUCGUGACAGCAAACAUCUCACAGAAUCCUAUGUGUUUACAUGGCCCAACAAUAUGUUUUGAGCGGUUCUUCAUAGAGAAGAAGUCACGGAAAUUCUAUGCAUGCUCGGCAUGCAGAGACAGGAAAGACUGCCCAUUCUUCAUGUGGGCUGAUCAGACGCAAUCUAAGGCUUAUAGAAACACGUGGUUGAGGAAAAUUAAAGAAAACAGGCCUAAACGUUCUCAUCUAGAGGAAUACAAAAGGUUAUCAAGCAUAUGUGAAGUGAGCCCUGAGGAACGAGGCUACUGCACCAUAUGCAAUAUGCUGUGUCUGCUGCCCUGUGAUAGCGACCACAUCCCCACACCUCUCUGCUCGGCCGCUACUGUUAUAACUCCCAUACCUGACCACCUUCUCACUCAUCCUUCUCAAUUGGUGCCAUUGAAAGAGAACUCGAAGUGUGAAGCACAGUACCUGUUCAGCAGCCGGUCCCUGAAGGCGGUGGUGGACAUGGUGGCAGCUACAGGCGCCACUAAAGUGCUGUGUGUGGGAGUGCCCAGCCUGCAUGAAGCAAUUGCCAACAACGAGACCAGCCUCAGUGCCACCUCGAUGCUGCUCGACAUUGAUACCAGAUAUAGGAACUUCUUCCCACUCACCAGCUUCGUUCACUUCAACAUGUUCAACCAACACUUCUUCGACGGAGCGCGCGCGAGGCAGCGCGUCAUCACCUUCCUCACGGGAGCCAAGAACGUGUGCGUGGCGUGCGACCCGCCCUUCGGAGCUCGCGUAGAACUGCUCAAUGUGUGCUUCUCGUACCUGGCUGACCUGUGGCGCGAUGCCAACGGCCUGCCUCCUCACGCACAGAUGUCGGUGUUGCUGAUGUUCCCGUACUUCCUGGAGUACCAAAUCACCGAGAACCUACCAACUUUCACUAUGUUGGACUACCAGCUCGACUAUAUCAACCACGACCACUACACAUCAGGCAGCAAGAAGGCCAUGAAGCGGGGGUCGGCUGUGCGUGUGUUCACUAACCGUCCAGCCAGCGUCUUCCCUCUACCGGAGAGUGAAGGCUACCGGCGCUGCGAGCCUUGCGACCGCUGGGUCUACGCCAGCAACGUGCACUGCGACCUGUGCCGGGGCUGCAUGGGCAAGGACGGGAGCGCGUACAAGCACUGCGAUGAGUGCGGGCGGUGCGUGAAGCCGUCGUGGCAGCACUGCGCCGCAUGCAGCAAGUGCCAGAGCCGUGACCACCGCUGCACUGGGCAGCCCUCCGUCAGCUUCAAGCUGCACCAGCUCAGGGAGCUCUCCAGCAAGUGCAUAGUCUGUGGCGACCCUGGCCACAAGAGGAAACAUUGUCCCACUCGAGAGGAACGAAAUAAAGCGGAGUUGGAGCGACCGCCCAAAAAGAAAAGGAAGAAGGCCGCUCAUGCUUACCCUAUCUCGUCUCACGAAGAAAAUUCUCAAUAUUUACAAGUAAUAAAAGGAAUUUUAUCCGAGUAAACAAUGCACAAGA